AUCAGCUGUGCGCAAUUGUCCGCUCCAGCCAAUGAGCGGAGAGAACGGGUGAUCUGUGGCACACACCGCUGUGAUUAGGAAAACCUGUGGAGCAGGAGCAGGAGAAGAGCAUUUGAGCUUGAAGGUGAUGUGAGCGUUGUUGGUAAAGACGGGGCUUCAUGGAGUAGGCCGUAGAUAUAUUGGUGGAUAUGUUGCACCAAAACGCCAGCUUAGGCCGUGGCUAUAUUUUUGCAUGAUUUAUUCCAAAACACUGGUUUAUUUAUUUUUUUGCUUCUCAUCCCUGUUUGGGCCUAAAACUCGAAACGGAUGAUAAGUUUUAAAACCGGUCGCUAUUAACUUUUUUUUUUUCUUUCUGUGAACUUUCUGAUUUUGGGAGCGCGCUUGUUAAGAGGCUGCAACACCAUUUGCGACAUGUCUGAGAGGUCUCAGAGUCCGGAGUGCCAAAUCCGGCCCUAUGACUUCAGCCGGGACCAGUGCACACAGAUUCUGGCUCAUGAGGGUUUGGGCGGCGGCGGCGGCGCGUCAUUCCAGCUUCCUCACGGUGUCCUGCCAGAUCCGAGCCUCCUCUACAACAAAGCCGCUUACAAUGGCAUCACGUCUGCGUCCGCGCAGACUUUUUUCCCGUUUCCACCCGUCUCCAGUGACUACAGAGGAUCCGACCCACAGGCUGGGGAGUUUGUGCAACCCAAACAUUGGUAUCCUUUUGCUGCGCCCGAGUACACCGGCCAGGUACCCGGCGUAACAGCAGCUACCCAGCCUAUCAACCUGAGCCCCCCUAUAGCUGAGACCCGGGAACAAAUUAAACUACCCGAAAUAAAGAAGAGCCCCGGCAAUGACUACUCAUCGGAGAUAAAGAUUCAACAGUACCCGGCGCCGCCAACCUCGGCCGCUAUGCCCCAUGGAGUCUUGUACUCUGCGGCCUGGAACCCGUCCUUCUGGCCCGGGAUCCCCCACAUCACACCACCGGGAAACCAGCAGCAAAACCCCUCAACAUCCUCCACAUCUUCCCCGUCCAUGUCCCCAUCGCCCCCAAGCAACGGGCUUCCAGGGAACGCUUUUUUCAACGUGAACACAAACCAGGCUGCCACCGAGCCCCAGACACCGAACCCGGCCUCCUCCACGCAGAGCAGCGGGUCCUCCAGCGGCGGGUGCAGCGACUCUGAAGAGGAGAACCUUUCCACAGAAGAACUGGAGCAGUUUGCCAAGGAGCUGAAGCACAAACGCAUCACUUUGGGUUUCACCCAAGCAGAUGUUGGCCUUGCACUGGGUAAUCUCUAUGGUAAAAUGUUCAGCCAGACAACCAUUUGCCGCUUCGAAGCUCUACAGCUGAGCUUCAAGAACAUGUGCAAGCUGAAGCCCCUUCUGCAGAGAUGGCUGGAUGAGGCAGAAACCUCAGAAAAUCCUCAGGAUAUGUACAAGAUUGAGCGAGUAUUUGUUGACACCCGAAAAAGGAAGCGGAGGACCUGUCUGGAGGGAGCAGUUCGCUCUGCUCUGGAGUCCUACUUUAUCAAGUGUCCCAAGCCCAACACCCAGGAAAUCAUGCACAUCUCAGGCGACCUGGGCCUGGAGAGAGAUGUGGUACGCGUGUGGUUCUGCAAUCGAAGACAGAAAGGAAAGCGCCUGGCCUUGCCACUAGACGACCAGUGUGAUGACCAGUAUUACGAGCAAAGUCCUCCACUGAGCAUGGCCCCUUCCCCCAUUUCCAGUCAGGGUUGCCCAGCUUCCAGCUACCAAGGAGCCCCUCCUCCCACAAUCUAUGUGCCCUCGCUUCACCGGCCAGAAAUCCUGAAACAUGCCCUGCAACAAGCCCUGCAACCCGGACUAAUUAGUCAUCUGACUGGUUAAACCGGCGGUAGUUCCAGCCAAAACCACAGAUUGUCUUCCCAAGCCCCUGGCCCCAACAGAAACUGGAAAUGAUCUCUGAAAUCGAUAAACGGAUCCAGCCAUAUCAUCAUUGGAUCAUGAGAUGGAAAUGCUCCAAGUGAGGAGACUGAGGUGGUUUCUUGUUUCUGUUAUGGUGACUGCCAUGGGCCACCUCUUCAAGCAACUGCCCUGACUUUAAAUCAAAGGAAAUUUUAAACUUGAAUCUUGAAUGUGCCUUUCUGUUUUUGUUUUGUGUUUUUUGCAUUGUGCAUAGUAAGUUAUUCCAUAGGCUUUAAUCGCUGCAGAUUCAGAACAAAGUUGGGCAUAUAGUUGUUGUAAAUGCUCACAGGGUUAACGAGCUAGGGCAUUCCUUCUAGUCAUGCUAAAUCCAGCAGGUUUCCCAUGGUGCAGAUGACUGGAAAAAAAAUCUGGGUUAUCAAUGGAAUGACAAUGAGGAUGCCACCUCAGACGGUAUAAAUUUGACAGUAUGGUCAGUAUUUGUGCAAUACUUCUGUCCCAUCUAAAGCAGUAUUUUAUUUUUUUUUUUCCAAUCACUGAAAAUGUAUUAGAGUGGAAUUUCCCCAUUUGUUUUUGCACAAAGAUCCUUUUGUAAUGUUGGAUACAAUGUUUUUAAAUAUGCCCUGGUUGUAUCCUCAGAUUUUGUCACUGACAUCUUUAUGAAAUCUUUCAACAUGGAAUGGUGAGAUUUUAAAGUAAUUUUGAGGGAAUGUGGCAAAUGAUUUGUUAGCUGCUGAUUGUACAGUGUCACUAUUAGUGUCUCGGGUGAAAUAUAAAUGUCUUACCUGCUGAUGACUAUCAAUAUUUCAACUUUUUUUUUUAUUAUUAUUACAAAGGGUUUCACAUUAAGUCCUCAGGGAAAUAUCUUUGAUUGUACUGCUGUAAUUAAUCAGUAUUAACUGAUCUUGUCUUUUGAGUUCAUGUCUACUUAAAGUGCAGGAGUGCAAUUGUAGUCGUUUGUAAGACUGUAAAUUGAUUACAUUAUAUUUGAACAUUGUCAGUGAUGAGCGUCAAGUCAAACUGACUUUUAUUUUGUAACAUUUGUAUAAAGCAAUCGGCUGAAUUGCAAGUAAAUCUUUCCACAGCCCAUCAAA